AUGGAAAGAAUAGUUCCGUCCCGAUCCCGCAGAGCAGCCAAGGCAUGCAGCUUCUGUCGCCGAAGGAAGUUGCGCUGCGACGAAAAGCCAACGUGCUCCAAUUGUCAAGGUUACGGCAAGGAAUGCGUGUACAUGACUAGCCCUGCAAGGCCCAGGCCAUCCAAAGCCUGGAUCGCUCACUUGGUGACUGAAAAUGAGCAACUUCGGCAGCGACUUGGCGACGGAAGUGCCGCGCCGGCGCAUGGAGAACAGGCCCCUGAUGCAGAUCUCCACCAACAGUCGGAGUCCACCAAGAUGGAUCAUCCGCAGUCUGUUGUAUCCGGCAUCUUUAUCUCCGCCAACGGAGACUCCAGCUACCAUGGCCUCACCAGUACCCUCUUUGACGGUGCCCCCGUCAGCCGUCAUGGCUCGGCCCAACUGGCCAAUCGCCCCGGUCCUGUGGAGCCCAUUCAGCAACAACUGAUGGGAGAGGCCGCUUAUCAAAGGCAGCUGGAAACGUUGAACUUCCAGCAAGGAAAGUUGGACUUUGAUGGCGUAGAUCCCGAGCUGGGGAUGCACCUGCUGUCCCUGCAUUGGAAUCGCCAGCACCACUCCUUCCUGAUAACGCAUCGCCCGAGCUUUAUGCGUGAUAUGGCCACCAACGGGCCUUACUUUUCCAAGCUGCUCUUGAAUGCGAUUUACUUUGGCGCAUCCAAGUUCAGUAAUCGUCCCGAGGUGCGUAGAGACCCGGAUGAUGCUCGCACGGCUGGGUGGACCUUUCGCAUGAGGGUGAAGGAGCUGCUCGGGAGUGCCUUGGAUCGGAGUGAGAUCACCACCAUCCAGGCACUGCUAGUCAUGACGAGCUCUCUCUUCGCGCUGGGGGAUGAACGUAGCGCCGCAUGGCUCUAUUCUGGUACGGCAUUCCGAAUGAUCAUUGACCUCGGCAUGCAUGUGGAUGCCACGAUGCUCCCCAACAUGCGCCGUCUUUCGCCAGAAGACCUCGAAAUCCGACGACGUGUAUUCUGGGGUGCCUUUGUGGUGGACAAGAUCCAGUCCCUAUACCAGGGGCGACCCGCGAGUCUCCAGAGUUUUGAUACCAAAGUCCUUUUGUCCUUCUUGGACCGUUAUGAGGAGCUGGAGCCCUGGCAACCCUUCGCGUAUUCUGAUGUGCAGUCAUACCCUGGAUCCCCGGCAUAUAGCGUGUCGACAUUCACGUGGCUGUGUAAAUUGUCGCUAGUUUUGAAUGAGAUUCUGAAUAAGGUUUAUUCAGAGAGAAGUUCCAAUCGGUCGCCCCACGAUCUCAUCGCUACCCUUAACAAACUCGAUGGGCAGUUAAAAACUUGGUACGAAAGCCUUCCAGAACACCUGCGCUACAACAGUCUUGUGGGAAUAGUGCCGCCACCACACGUUCUCUCGUUACUCGCUCUGUACAAUGUCUUGGUCAUCCUGCUUCACCGACCGUUUGUUUCCGAGGGCCAUCUUUACACUGCCGAUCCAUCAGUGGCCAAGAGCUCCUUUACCACCUGCACCACUGCCGCUUCCAGCAUCAUUCAAUUGCUACAGGCCUACGAUAACACCUUUUCCAUCCGACGAGCACCGUAUUUGAUUUCAUACGCUACAUACGUAGCAGCAACAAUCUUCGUCCGUGUCGCAGCCCAACGAGAGCGUGUCAGUCGGGCCCAUACAAGCCUCCAGAGCUGCCUCGACAUAUUCAAGAAGAACCAGGAGACAAACUGGGCAGUGCGGCGAGCCCACAACGUGAUUUUACACCUCAUGGACCGCAUGGGUGUUCGCUUAGAUGAUUGCACGACUGUAGUCGACGACAGUCCGAAUCGUAUGGACGGCCGAUCAGACCAUUUAACAAUCCCAACCAACAGACCCUUGGGGCCGGCGCCUGCAAUCAGCCACGAUUCUCCACCAGAGAUUGAACCGUCUGAGCUGGACAUUGAAAUGGUCAUUCAAAGUUUUAUCGGAACACAACCCAGGCCCUCAGACGGACUGAUGCGCGAAGCUAUGGAUCUCUCUUUUGGCCCAACGGUAUCUCAUUCGAACAUUCCGGCUCCUAUAGCUCCCGUUGUAGGGCCGUACGAAGACGCGUACUCUUAUCCCAGAUUUGACGAUAUGCUGUUUGGGUUCAACGGUUCUCCGCAGGAUAAUGCAUUCACGGACAACUAA